AUGGAAGCCGAUUCUUGGACCUCGGAUUUCCUCGAAAUGGAGCCAUCACUUCCCGGAGUAAUAUGGCAAGCUUCUCAAUCCGCCAAUCCUGUGUACAGACGGCUCCAGGCAGAGGCAGAGAGUGCAGUCCUCAGAACAAGCCUUUCUCAGCCAGACCUGAGCUCACAGCCCACGCCGAGCAUACGUCCAUGGUUCGAGGACAAGCUCAACAGUGCCCCCAUUGCCUCGACAUCGAUGACUCGCCGGAACUCGACAGCGGGUCAUCAAAGGCGACAAAGAGCGCGACACUCUGCACCGUCAUUGACCUCAACCGCAAGCGAGAGCUCGAUAUCCCACUCAGCUCAGGCUCAGGCUGCCCAAAUUUUCGACCUAGGCCGCGCUGAUUUGACUCAAGUUCUCAAAAGUGUGGUGGCCAAGACCGACGAGAACAUCGCAGAACGGUCUUUGAGAAUGGGCUUGAAAAAACAGACCAGGCUGAAUAUUGGGAGCGGUGGACGACCUGCCUCAGUCAUCGAGCAUUCGGGAAAGGGAAAGGGUAAGGAAAGAGAACGCGAUAGAAGGAGCGACGGACGAGGGUCGGCGUCUAUAUCCAACCGUCCACCACUCUCAAGUACUUCGAUUCCCCAAUCUUUUGCCCCAGCGCCAAACAGCGCCGACGACCCAUUGUUCUUCAGUCCUUCAAGGACUAAUACGGCGUCAACCUCCUUUGGAAGACGCGAUGCCAAUCACUCAAUGGAACUCGAUGCAGAUAUCGAGUUGAUGCCACCGCCACCAGUGCCAGCCAAGCAAAGCACCAUGUCGACGGGCGGAGGAAGCAAACUGCAAGCAUUGACUCCGGCUUUAAUUGCCUCCAAGACGAACUCUCCGCCGGUCCGACGCGAACCUCCAUCUAUUCUCCAACAUUCUCAACGGGAAGCCAAAUUGCAUCCAAAAUUGCUUGAGCAACAAGAGAAGAAAAGAAACGGAACAACGCGGACACAAAGCGAAUCCAAGUCGAAGCCAAAAUCCAUGCCUGCUCCGGCUGUUGAGGUCCCAUUACCCUCACAGUCCCAACCUCUUCCUCACCGACUUGCUCGAGCUGGGCCGCCUGCGCUGGGCAUGCGGAGGUCGCAUAGUGGACCAGUUGGAAUGGUUUCGGGAGGGUUAGCUUCGUCACAAGCACAACUAAGAAAGCCUUACAAGGCUCCGCUUAAAUCUAUGUCCAUGGCAAAUAGCGUGGACGUUGGAUGUGCGACCCCUGUAACUUCCGGAUCGACGAAGUCGUCUUCUUCACGGAGCAGCAGCUCAAGGAAGACUGACUCGUCGCCGUAUACCACUAAUGCGACCCCACCGCCAUCCACACCCGCCGAAUCAACCACACCCUCACCCAUCGAUCGCUGCUCAAAUGUGAAUCCACCAAACCCGAAGGAGCCCAGUUCCGACGAUGCUAUGUUUGACGUGUCAAACAGUUCAUUCGAUAUGGACGAAUUGGAAAAAGUGAUGAAGAACUACGAUACCGCCGUCGAUGGGUAG